GGUACUGGUUUCAGCAGUAUGACCAAUUACAAUACCAUCACUAUAGGAGCCAUAAUAUGUAAUGUCACCGAGGCAACCAAUACGUCACUUACAUGUACCAGUGACGUUUUACCAAGUGGGGAGCAUGAGGUCACAGUGGAUGUCUUCGGGAAAGGGCUAGCUCGAUAUGAUGCGCAGAAUUUCACCGUACACUCCAGUAUUCAAAUUCACGAUUUCCAUCCAACUUGUAGUGGCCUUGGAGGUUUGUCGAACUUGACGAUCACGGGAUACGGUUUUGAAAAAGAUUCGACGGUGAAACUAGGAGAAAAAAUUUGUGUGUCUCGGACUGUCACCUCCACAAUGAUUGUUUGUCAAAUACCAUCGACUCAUUUUGCCGGGAAUGUCUCAAUCACGUUGGAUCACCCGGGAAAACAUCAAGUGAUUUAUCCCGUUAAGUUUGCCUACAAUUCAUCUACAACACCUCGAGUCGAAAGUGUCUACCCUACCUCAGUAGGUGUUACAGGUGGUUCCAUUAUGGAGAUUCAUGGUAGUGGAUUUAACUCCGCGGCAAAACAGAUAACGCUGUUGAUAGGAGAUACAAAAUGUAAUAUCACCCGUCAUAAUGACAGUCUGGUAGUGGCAGAGUUACCUCCCUGUUAUCCUGGGCGCCAUGAAAUUAAAAUAUUAAUUAUUGACGCUGGAGCUGCUCUUAACAAGGACAAUGAACUGCCGUCGGUCGAAUGUGUCUUUGAGGUAAAUGGUGUCAAUCCGUCUAGCGGAUCUGUGUAUGGAGGAACAACACUCACUGUGACAGGAAAAGGCUUCAUUCCAACUCUUAAAGUCAAGGCUGGUAGUCUUGACUGUGACGUAACUAACAGUUCAGAUAACCAGUUUAUCUGUCAGAUUGGGAGGUCACAAGCCGUGCAUUAUAUAAAUAAUCACGGGAUCCACCCAAAUUUUGGAAAGUAUUACUACUGGAAACCCCAGCAUGUGAAGAUCCUGGUCGGCGACGUGGUACGCUGGGACUGGGAUUUCCCCUUCUACAUCACCACAAUGAAACCAAGGGUCGAGGAAACGUACAACCUGACGACAAAAUACGGCAAACCUGGAGGAUUCUCAAGUGGGGAUAUAGGGUCAACGACAGGUUCCUAUUCGCGCCAGUUUAGUAAAGCGGGCACAUUCUUUUUUUGGAGUGGAUUUUUGGAUAGUUAUCAAACAACUUGGUUUCAUGGAUCUGUUGAAGUAUCAGAACGUGUGUCUGAUAUCGCCCCAAUCAGUGUCUCAAUAGGAGAAACAGAGGCAACAUAUAUCGUUAAUGAAACCACCAAUACCUUAGGGAACACAACUUCUAUGGAUACAGAGGCUGUAAGAAAUGGCUGCGCUGACGCUCAACCUGUUUUCGGCCACACAUGUCAGUUAUUUCGAGUUUGCUUUCUGGACAUGCAAAUCACCGGUAGUAACUAAAAUCAGUCGACAAAAUGGCACAAUUGAUGACGAUAUAAUAUUAUCAGGGACUGGACUCUCAACCAAUAACUGUUCCACUAAAAUAACUUUUGGUGACGACAUUUGUAAGGUGAAGACCUGUUCAGGAUCGUCUGUGGUAUGCCGAAUUGACCCCAUAAACAAGCCGAAGAUAGGCCGGCCUCAGUACCUCGAUGUUCUUGUUUAUAAUACCGGUUUUGCACACAUUGAUAUUGAUCAGUCUGCAGAUAAGACCUUUGUUCUUUAUCCUGUGAUUCGUGCCAUUUCACCGACAAAUGGAUCCCAGGGCGGCAACACAAAAGUAACGAUAAAAGGAUCAGGGUUCGUGGAAGGGAACCAAACUAAUACGACAAG